UGCAUCUUCCUCGGUGAUAUAAUCGUCAGCAGUGAGAUUGUGGUAUACGACCUGGGUAGGAGAUUACCUGGAGGUUUUCGCCGCAAAGAGGGUGUCACGGAUCCCGCGGCGAACAUCGAAGUUCAAGCCUUCAUGCACAAGUUGCGAAGCAAAAGGGGCCGUGGUACCCUUCUCGAUAGAACCAACUACCAUCUCAAGACCCUGCAAAAACGAACCAGCGACUAUCGCCGUCCUGUGCGAGACCGACUCUUCGAACCAACCUACGACCACAAGCAUCACAGUCCAACAAGGUGCAAAAAGUGCAAGAGGAACGAGCAUUGCAAAGAGUCUCACGAGGCCACUUGCGAAACUCUAGGAUGUGACUCGAGGAAAUUGAUCCGUCGAUUUCGUCCAUCGCCGAGCCAGAUUGGCAUCCACUUCGGGAGGAUCGCCUCGGGAGACACGGUCAUGAAGUCUGGAGUGGAUCGAGACAGGAUCGCUGCCGAGGAUAAUGUCAUUGCGUUCGAAAUGGAGGGUGCAGGUAUAUGCAACAAUCUGCCCUGCAUCGUAGUAAAGGGAGUCUGCGACUACGCUGAUAGUCACAAGGACAAAGUAUGGCAGAAGCACACCGCUGGGGCAGCCGCUGCAUGCAUGAAGUCACUGCUAGAACAAUGGGCAGCCAUCGAUCAUCCCGAUGAGAGGCAUGAGCUGCACAAAAUGCCAGUGCAGGCGGUUGAGUCGUGCAGUUUCGAUACUAUGCCGCAAACGCCCCCUUCGACAAAUGAUGACGAAACGCAUGAUUUGCAAAAGCAUCACGAGCUGGAUAUAUUGCAAGGUAAAUACUGUCAUUCCAAGAUAAUUGGUUAUAAUCUGAUCUUGGCAGUUCUGUCGACAACUAAAUCUGGCUUCAAGAAUGCGAUUGACUGUCUCAAACAAUUUCGAAAGUUUUUACCUCGAGACACGGAUCUCAAGAGAACACUGAGAAACCAACGUUCUGUUUUCUCAGACCACGUGAGAUAUCUUUCUUCAGGUACCUCAGUCUCUGUCGGCGAGCAUCUUGGUUCAUCGAGGGAGGUUUGUUUGCAGCUGGCCGUGGCAAUUCAGAAAAAGCUGGAAGAGAUUGAAAUAAUCACAACGCGUCUUCCUGUUACCACCAAGGCCAAAUCGCACCCUAGAAGCCCACUCAAGGGUGAGAAAAGGCUUCAGUUACCCAAUGCCGUCGAAGACCUAGAAUCCAUGGUUCGAGUCUUUGGAUCUUCAAUUUUUCAAGAAAGACAACCCCGGUCAUCGCAGGAAACGAGUGUGACCUGGACUAUCGAAGACCACCGCGAAUUCCAACAUUUUCGCAUUGUUCAGCAAGCCGCUUGCAACCUCUACGAUUCCUUUGGAACAGCUUGUCAGGCACACUCUGUCCAUAACGUGCAUCUAUCUCUUCAACCGGACCUCAAUGGACCAUUGGCGCAGGUGCGGUUCAAUGUGGCCUUGAUCCAAAACACGACACCCGGGAAAGCAGUAUGGAUUAAUGUAGAAUCGACCAUAAAGUCUUGCGAAGGCAGCUUCCAGUCAGCCUCUUCAUCAUUUUUAACAAGCUGUUCCUCGCAAAAACGUCCAAGGCAAUAUGAAGAAGGGACCUGUCCACCUAAGGUUGUCAAACGGGUACAGUUCCAGCAACAAGAAUCAAUACCAGGGCCUUUACAAGCUCUGCGCCCGGAAGAGCCCAUCGUCGCAAUUCCGAACCUCUAUCUACAGCGCAAUCUUUGUGCCCUUGUUGAGAGGUCUCUUUGCCAGGGAAACUCUGGAAGCUGCAUCGGACUUCUCGGAGACAAUGCAAUCUGCAAACACCUGGCGUACAUCGACACCCAGACCAACAGCAGGACCACGUCCGCAUCAUCACUCGCCCAACUAAUAUCCUUAUCAAGAUCAAAACCCACCAGAGAAAUGGGCAUUUACGAGUGCGUCCGACUAGCAAAAUAUCUCGCCACGGCCGUCCUCUACUACCACGCCACACCCUGGCUCAAGAAAGCAUGGCGAAGCAACGACGUUCAAUUUUUCGGAGGCCACGACUCCCUGCUCCAGCAGACACAGCGCGCUCUACCAUACAUCACAACAUCCAUCCAAGCCUCAAACUCCAUUGACAGCACUCACCCGAAAUCAUUUGUGUACCACCACCUUAUACGGAACCCCGUGCUCUUCGGACUGGGCAUCAUGUUCAUCGAACUCAUACACCAAGCUCCCAUCGCCACCCUCGAAGAACCAAUCGACCUGGUCAAGGGGGAAACGCAGGACUUUGUGGAAUAUUUCACCGCGGACCGAUUAGUUGGUCAUAGCAAUCAGAUCGUGAGCAAGAGCUUUAGAGAAAUCAUCAGGAAAUGCCUGCAUUGCGACUUCGGUCACGAUAGUGACUUCUCCAGUCCUGCGCUCCAGGAAGCGUUUUAUCAUGAUGUUAUUGCUGGUCUUGAGAAUUUGGAGAAGCUUUUUAAGGAAUUGCAGCUUGAUGAUGUGAAGCCUUAUUCUAUAUAUAAUAUUGCUUGA